ACAAACAAGAAGGAAAGAGAGACGUGAGAAAUCACCCUGUCUGUGAUACAACACUGAAAGAUGGAUUGUACUGCCAAAAAGCUCUAUCAUGUACAUGGGUUUGAAUCUAGAACAUUUCUGGAAACAUUUUAUUCUGAUGGACCAAAAAAUGUUUUUGCAGAAGAAUCUCUGACAUUUCCUAUGGAGAAAAUUCACCAGUAUCUAAAUGCAGCUAAUAUCAAAGGAGAGGUUGCACUUGAUGUCUGCAUCGGUCCCGUAGUUUUGUUUCUGAACUCUGCCUGUGAAUUUUUUAAAGACAUCUACUUACUGAAGUUCAAGGAGAGCUGCUCUAUGGAAGUGAACAGAUGGCUGAACACACGUACAGGAGCGUUCAAUUGGUCUCAUACAUCAGCCUUUGUCUCAGAACUAGAAGGAAAAUAUGGCCAACAUGAGGAGAAAGAAAUAAGGAUGAAGACAGCAAUAAAACAGAUUGUGCAAUGUGACAUUGACAAAGAAAACAUCACAGACCCGGUGGUGCUCCCCCUAGCAGACUGUCUCAUCAGUUGCGUGGUCCUGGAUUUCAUCAGCAGAAACCAAGAUGAAUUUGUCACAUAUCUGAGGAAAUUUGUUAAGUUGCUAAAACCUGAAGGUCACAUAUUAUUAGUUGGCAUGCUCAAUGCAACUUUUGUCACUAUUGGGCAGGAUGUGUUCCAUGUUUUUAAAUAUGAUGAGGACUUCAUCAGAAAUGUUCUUGUAGGGGAAGGAUUUACCAUUGACCAAUGUGAUGUUCUUCCAAGAAACGCAGUGAGUGACCUUAUUGAUCAUAAAGCAGGUAUAUUCAUUGCAGCUCACAGAGAGAAGGGCUCUAAACCUGUCUGUUAAAUAACUAAUGUAAAAAAGUAAUAUAAAUGGGAUUGCUACCAAUGUAUCAUAGAUAUUGUAGCAUAAUAAAAAAGCAUUUAAUACCAAUAGCAUAAAAUAAUAAGCACGUAUUCAAAACCAAAAAUAACAAAUGACACUCACAUAUACAUCUCAGUAAUGCUGCUAUGCAUAUAGAGAAUACAAAAGCCUCAUUGGAUUAAAGUACACACCUUAUAUGCCUUUCUUAUACAGAUGUGCAUGGACGCACUCGGUGAGGCAGACCGCCGGGAGCAAACAGGGCGCGUGAAUGGGAGUAUCUGUGUACGCUCGGCGGCGGGCCAAAGCAGAGGCGUGCCUAGGCAUGCCGCUCACACCCACCUGCUCUAUGAGCAUGGCUCCAUCUGAAUGUCAGGGAAUGAUAACCACUGUGAGCUUAUUACAGCUCAUAGUGGCUAUCAUUCUAUGACAUAUAAGAAUGACAUUUCUAAUUGUAUGGAGGUAUAGCACGCCUCCAUUUGGUUGAGCAGCAGCCAAUACAUCACCAUGUCGCGACCUUAUUAUUUUAUAUUGUUUUUAAGUGUUAGGUAACUAAAGCAGAAAAAUAUUACCAACCUUCAUAUAGACAUAUCAAUGUUAUACAUUAACAAAAUCAUUUCAGAAUACCGACUACAGUAAAUGUAAACUUGGUGUUAAAUUUCCCCUUCUUAAAGUUAAUUUGGUGAUUUAUUUUUGCAAUUUGGAAGAUAAAGGUGUCUCAAAUUUAGAAAUACUUACCUACUUUUGAAAACUAGUUUCAGGGAGAUUAUACUCUUUAAUAGAAUACGGCAUGCCAUUGAGGAGGCAUGUCAUCCUACACCCAAAGGAGAAGUCUAGCUCCAAACAUGGGCGUGUCUAAGCGUAAAUGCUUCUUGCAAACUAUCUCUAUAUAACAUCAGUAGCAAUAUAUUUUGUCAAAUUUUGCAAUUAUUGGUACUAAGAUUGCUGCCUGAAAUACUUGAUUUCUUGUUUGCUUCUAUUCACUGUGAAUUUUUAUUUUCUUCUUACUCCAUAUACAUGAUAAAUGUGAUGCUUAUGUAAUACAUUCCAAAUGCAAUAUGACCUUGUGUGAAUUAGUACUUUAAUGAUCAUCUCUUGGUAAAAAAAUAAAUGUUAAAACUUU